AUGACCGCAAAUUCAGAGGCAAAUCAUUUCCAAUUUGUAGCCUCAACUGCAAAUAUCAUCUCCAUCUAUCAAUUGAUCAAUGCCAUAUCACUUUUUGGUGAUAAUUGUUUCUUGAACAUUACGAACGACGGUUUAAGCUUUAGUAUAGUGGCAAAUAACAUAUGCAAAGUGCUACUUACAUUAGACAAAAGGUUGUUUAGUGACUAUGAAUUUGAUCCUAUAGGAGAAGUAGCUGAUUUGGGGGAAGAAGAAGGAGAAGAAGAUCAAACUACAGAAAGCAUCACUAUUAACCUUGAUCUUCGGUCUUUUUUGGAGACAAUCAAUAUACAUAUACCAAAUGAUAGGGAAACAUUAGAUAUGCGUACUAAAUGUACGCUCAGUUAUCAAACUGAGGGAUCUCCUUUCAUUCUUACCUUCGAAGAUGAUUAUAUCAUUGAGAGGUGUGAACUUCUUACUUACUUUGUCGAUCCUGAAGCGAGACAAAACGUUAGAGUUGCAACUGGACGACAUAAAAGUAAAGACACUGCCGUUGAAGGGGAUGAAAUCGAUAAUUACCAGCAAAUGGUUGUGGAUAAUACGAUUUUCCAGCUAGAUUCGUCCAAGAUUAUCUUUGAUAUAGUGCUAAAGUCUUCCAUUCUUUAUGACGCAUUGAAGGAUAUGAACGACUUGAAUACGGACGAGUUUAUUCUCUACUGCUCCAAAAGGUCUGAGAAUUCUAAGAUAAACAAGAAGCGCCUUAUUUUUAUAUCUCGAUCUGAAGACAGCUCUAUUGGAUACUCGAAGCUUAUCAUCCCCGAAAAGAAGCCCUUUCUAAAGCAAAUCGAGGUGUUUAAACCUGUAAGAAGGAUAUCUGAAGAAGAUGGAAUAGAUGAGAUGAUCAUGGCUUCAUGUUCUGCCAGUGUUUCAUCUUUCUAUCGAUUUCAGUACUUUGCUAAGAUUAUCAAAGCUAUCAAGCUCUCUAAACUCAUUAAAGUUCGUAAGGAUAUGAAUGGGUUAACCUCUUUUCUAAUCUUAAUUGGCUCCGAAACUUCUCGCAGAGACAAUAUGGCCAAGAACGGUGAUUCUUCAAGCGUGAAUGCCUCUAAUACUCAUCUUUUCUAUGGUACAAGUAUCGAAUUCAUUACUUUGGAGUCCAUUCCAUUGGAAGAACGUAUUCUAUCUGGGGAAUCACUGACAAAUGUUGACAGGAAUGCCAUAGCAUUGAAAUUCGGCUAUAACAAUAAAGCCAUCGAGAGACUGAUUCAAGAUGAAGAGAAUAUAAAGGUGAUUCGCGUUACUGGCGAUGGUCAAUUGACUACCCUAGAUGACUACUUUCACACUUCUUCAAUGAAUGAUACAGAGGCAGAGACAGAUCGCGGAUUUGAUGUUAUUAUGCCUCCACCGUCUUCAACAAAUCUUAAACAUAGAGCUCCAUCUACAAGUUCUUUCACCACUGUUCCACUACAGAUUACCGAGGAGCUCGCGCGAUCAGUUCUCGGUCUUGGAAUGAAUGCUACAGAAGCGGCUAGAUCUGCUAGAGCGGCGGCGUCUGCUUCUACUAUAGAUGUCGAUCGUACAGUCAGUGAGGAGGAAGACAGUAAUGAUGAUAACCAAUCAAAGGGUGGGAAGAGGGUUAAGAAUGCUAACUUAACAAGGACAAGAAAGAGGAGUAAGAGAAAGGAAAAUGGAAAGGGAAAUGGUAUAGAAACAGUUGGAGGUGCUAUAGAAAUCCCGUUAUUCAUAUAA